AUGGCCAUCAUAACCUUCUUCUUGUACCAACCCUCCAACAAUCGUCGUAAAAAUGUCUGCGAAGAGUAUAAGACUAGCCUUCAAAGCCUGAAGGCACCACAUUUGAUAUUUGAUGCAACAGGCUCUACGCCUAUUAAAAGAGCUGUUAAAUUCUUCACGAAAUCUUUGGCUUUACCAACAGUAAGCUUGCAUGAUGGUGGUAUAGAUGAAUUGGAUAGCUGGAAUGAUCUUGAUGUAAAUGAAAAGGAUUAUUUGGUUCAAGUUUCUUCGCCCUAUAAUUCAAUCUUUGGCUUGUUGAAGGACAUUAUUGUUCUGCAGAAUAUGACCAACGCUUUCAUCAUCUACGAUUAUUCAGUUGGUGAGUCAGGACAAAGUUCUUUCUUGACUAAAUGGGAUAAUGAAGAGUUUAUAGAUUGUGAAAUCUACAACGGAAGCAAUACACCUCCAAGGAAAAAUAUAGAUCUGAGACCCAACUUUAAGAAUAAUAAUGCAAUGACGGGUCAAUUCAAACUGAAACCUCAUUACCGAUCCUUCACCAUGCAGAUUAGCGUUGUGAAUUUUUUACAUGGGCAAAUCCAAGAUUCGACUUCUGUUGGUCAAUGGCAAUUUACUGAUGAUAAGUUGAAAUUAGAGAAUGGCCAUUUGUUGAGGGACUUAAUUGCUGCUGAGGUCCUGAGAGUAGUAGUUGUCGAGCAAAGACCAUUUUUAUUCAUGGAUGAUUCACACCCAAGUGGUUUCAAUGGAUACCUGAUAGAUAUGAUGGAAAAUAUUGGUGCAAUACUAGGGUUGGACUUCAUGAUCGAGUUGGCAAGUGACAAUACUAUUGGAGAUUCAGAUCAUGCUGGCAGUUGGAAUGGACUUAUCGGGGAUAUUUUAAAUUCGAAAGCCGACAUCGGCUUAGCUACUAUUCCAGUUACCUCUUUUCGUGAUUCGGUGAUUGAUUUCACCAUACCGUAUUACAGACCUGUAGGAUCUAUCAUGCUGAUGAAAUUGUUUCACACAGAAACAUCCCUCAAUAAAUUCAUUGACGUUAUGGAAAUUGAGGUUUGGCUCAGUAUUUUGGCAGCAUUUGGUGUUACAAGCUUGCUGAUUUGGAUUUUUGACAAGUACAAUCCGGACAGUGACCCAAAAGGAAGGUUAUUUUCAUUCAAGGAGAGCUUAUGGUUCUGUUUCCUCUCAAUGACUCCGCAAGGAACUGGUGAACUACCAAGUAACACAUCUGGUCGCGUGAUUGCAGUGGUGUGGUGGAUAUUUUCAUUCAUCAUUCUCGCCUCUUACACCGCCAAUUUGUCGGCAAUCCUCACGGUUUCUUUACUCGAAAAUCCAGUCCAAAACAUUGAUGACUUAGAAAAGGAAUAUAAACUCGAAUAUGCUCCAUUGAAUGGUUCGUUCACCAUGCAGUACUUCUCGAGAAUGGUGCAAAUCGAGAAGUUAUUUCACGAGUAAGUGU